AUGGAACAAGUUGCUCCCACUCUCGAACUUCAAAUCCUCAACGGUCCUCGCAAAGGUGAUACCCUCCAAUUCCAACCCGGUUCCACCGUCAGAAUUGGCCGUCUCGUUCGCGGCAACAAUCUUCAGAUCAAGGAUCCAAGUAUUUCCACCAAACACCUCUCUAUCCAAAUCGAUUCUGGUAGUUGGGUAAUCCUUGACCUAGAUUCCUCAAACGGCACCGUUUUGGACGAUGCAACGCUUCCUCCCAAUACUCCUUUUCACCUCCGUGAUGGCUCCACUGUUAAGAUCGGUGAAGCUACUUCUAUUCUCGUUAAUUUCAUUAAACCCCCAAACAAUGCUACAGCUACUCAAGUAGAAGAGAAACCAAUGCGGGGUAAAAGAGGUAAAAAUAAUAAUAGUACUAAAAGUGUCAAUUCUAGGGUUCCUCUCCAUAGCAUUGAUGAAAAUGAAUCUGGGAAUGUGGUUCAACCGGAACCAACUAGGGUUACUCGAAAUACAAGGAGUGUGCGGAAUGGGAAUUUGGAUGCUAUGGAAGAAAAGGUGGAAGAGCCGAAGAAGAACUCGCGUGCCGCAGGGAAUUUGAAGAGUAAGCAGAAGACAGUGACAUUUAGUGGUUUGAGUUUUGAGGAUUCGGAAGCUCAAGAAGAAAAAGUGGAAGAGUUGAAGAAUGCGAGGGUGACGCGGAAUGGGAAGAAUAAGAAGAAUGUGGUUGGGAUUUCUGAAUCGAGUAUUGUGGAUUUGGAUGUUGUGGAAGAACGGAAGAAUGCAAGGGUGACGAGGAAUUUGAAGAAUAAGCGGAAGGUGAUCGAGAUUUCUGAAUCAAGUUUUGGAGAUUUGGAUGUCGGGGAAGAGAAGGUGGAGAAACCGAAAAAUGCAAGGGUGACAAGGAAUUUAAAGAAUAAGCAGAAGGUGAUCGAGGUUUCUGAAUCAAGUGUUGGGGAAGAGAAGGUGGAGGAACCGAAAAAUGCAAGGGUGACUAGGAAUUUGAAGAAUAAGGAGAAGGUGAUCGAGAUUUCUGAAUCAAGUGUUGUGGAUUUGGAUGCUGUGGAAGAGGAGAAGGUGGAGGAACCGAAAAAUGCAAGGGUGACUAGGAAUUUGAAGAAUAAGCCAAAGGUGAUUGAGAUUUCUGAAUCAAGUGUUGGGGAUUUGGAUGUUGGGGAAGAAAAGGUGGAGGAACCGAAAAAUGUAAGGGUGACGCGUAAUUCGAAGAAUAAAGGGAUUGUGAUUGGGGAAAAGUCAAGCUUGGUGGAUGGGGUGGUGGAUGUGGAGAAAAAGAAAAGGAGGGGUGGUGCUAAGGGAAAGAAGAAGUUACAGGAAGAGUGUGUUGAUGAUGGAGAUGGUAAAGACAUCUGUGAUGAGAAAGAUAAUGAGAAUUUGAUCAAGAAUGAGAAUUGGCCGGAUUUGAAUAAGAUAAGUUUAGGUGAGUGGUUUGAUUUCUUGAAAGUUUUUUUGCCAAAACAGAUGAGCGAUGAAGCUGAAGCAAUUAUUGAUUCCAUGAGACAAAAAGUUGAGAGACUUCGCGAGUACGUCAUAAUGUAUCCGAAUCAAAUAGCUUAA